AUGAGUGAUAAGGAAAUUACAUUUUAUUUUGUUGAGCCUGAAACGUCAGAAACCCUCGAAAAGAAGAACAGAAAACGAGAGCCAAAUAUGUUCAUCUCAUAUCGUAAAGAAAGGAUGAAAGGUCGACCACAUAAUAUAACAAUGACCGAAUUCAGUAAAAUCGUGUCGGAAGAGUGGAAAAAGCUAUCAGAAGAAGAAAAAGCUAAAUGGCAAAGAAAGUAUCAUAUUAAUCGAGAUCAAAAAGUUACAACAAAAGGCAAAAUGCACAGAAUGGUCAAAGGAUGA